UUUGACUUUAUGAAGCAAAUGUAGUUAAUUAUAUAGAGUGACGCAAAACGUUUGGUCAUAGCUACUCUAUCCUGAUUGGUCAAAACAGGUCACAUGGGGCUGUUAUUUAGGCAGUAAUACACGACAGGGUUGCGUUGUGAGACGUGAGAGUCCAAGAAGUGGAUGGAUGAUAUUGAGAUUCAGAAUCAUAUCGUUCUUAAUUAAAAUGCUACUUCUGUUAAUAUAGUACAGUAUCAACAAAACCAAUACAGUAAACCUGAUUGGAAUCCUACUUAUUUUAAAACACAGUCCUUUCAAAUAUGUGUUUUCCAUAUUGUAUCUUUUGUGUGUUCCCUAAAAAAUGGACAGGGGUGUAACGGGCCAAAAUGAAAUAAUCAGAUCUGCGUAACACGCGUUUAACCGUCACUGAAGUCAAAAUUUGUAGGAUAUGUGAGUGCCCACAGUAGUAUUUUUUCAUCUGAAAUAGUUUAUACUUGGUGGACUUUUGGACCCAGUGGAAUUCAAGCUACCACUCCACAUGACUUCGAUUAAUUCCAAGCUUGAUGAGGUUUCUGGUUUAAGGCAGGAUAACCCAAAUGUUCCUACCCGGUCGUCCGAUGGAUUAACCUAAUACUCAGUGAGAGCUUUAAUCUCCGGGCUGUUUUUAUUUGAUUGGGGAGGGUAUGCACAGGCUCCACCUGAUUGUCUCCAGUCUCCCCCUUUUGAAGUAGGUGUGAACACCAUGCACCUUUAAGAAGCUCUCCAGAAGGGAUCCUGGCUGGCACAUUACUUUUCAGAAGGAGAAGCUUUCUGCAUUUUAAACAGACAUGGGGAACCAACUUACUGAGAUUGCUCCCAGCACGCCCUUUUUGCCAAACUUCCAGUCGCUGCAUGUUGUGAUCAUUGGGUUGGACAUGGCAGGCAAAACGUCAUUGCUGUACAGACUUAAGCUGAGGGAGUUUGUCAAAACUAUCCCCACUAAAGGAUUUAACAUGGAAAAAGUCAAAGUGGCAAUUGGAAGCUCGCGCGCCAUCACUUUUCAGGUCUGGGACGUGGGUGGGCAGGAGAAGCUGAGACCGCUGUGGAAGUCUUACACCCGGAGAACGGACGGCAUUGUCUUUGUGGUAGACUCGACAGAGACUGAGCGUGUGGAGGAGGCUAAAGUGGAACUACAUAAAAUCACACGGACUUCCGAGAACCAGGGCAUUCCCGUGUUGGUCCUGGCCAACAAACAGGAUUUACCUGCGCCGCUCUCAGCCACUGAGAUGGAGAAAGUGCUCGCCCUGCACGAAAUGAGUGCGUCCACAUUGCACCACGUGCAGGGUUGCAGUGCAGUAGAUGGACAGGGGCUGCAACCAGGACUUGAGAAACUGUAUGAAAUGAUACUCAAACGAAAGAAAAUGCUCAGACACAGCAAAAACAAGAGAUGAAGCAGAUAAAAAAAAUUAAAACAAAGGACCUUCGCUUUGGUGUGGAUUCCUUUUUAAUUAAAAAGAUUGCAGCAAUCUGAUAAGGGAACAUCAUGAUGGCCCGAGGUCAUGAGCAAAAUUACUUUGUUCUUUUAAGUGACGGCAGACAGUAUUGAAUGCUUUCUUCGGUAGCAUUUGCUAUACCACUAGAGCAGCUUUUGAUAUACAAGGAUGGCUGUUUGUGAUUGCUGUAGCACAGCACAUCACAUUAACGUAAUUUUUAUUCAGUCAUCGGCACUGUGUUACAGAAACGGCUUUACAAAGCUGAAUAAGCUAAGAUUACAGCUUGCUAAGAUGACAAAGCCAUCUGCUCUUUAAUGACCAGUGUGCCAGUGUUUAUUUGACAAAACCUGCAUUGGUACUAUCACCAAUUAAAUAAUUGUUUCUUCUGAUAAUAAUGGUUGUGGAGAUAAUGUCUGAAGUGAGAUUUGUGAGCUGUUUUCAAAAGCUUGAAAUGUAGUUGUGACGAUGACUGUUUUUACAAACUAUUUUUUGUAUAAAUAAAUUAUUGAAAACUUACAAAUUCAUAGUGAAAUACUAAUGUUUGCUUUUAUUUAACUAAACAACAACACCUUUAUUAGAAGCCUUUGGGAAUAAAUGCUAUGUAAAUAUGUGUCCAGAAGGCAAAUUAUUAUGUUUGAUGGGAUAUAUGUAUGCAGUUUAUCAAAAAGAAAAAAAAAAUAUCUCAGUGUACUGCUUAUACACCAUGACAUGGUACAUGCUGUUUCUCAUAUGUGAUUGGUUUUCAGUAAAGUUUUAAUCAAUGGAAAAUGUUUUCUUUUGGCCAAAAUUGAUUAGUUGCUUUUUAAUAAAAUUACUUUUUAUGGUACAGGCCCUAAU